AUGAACAAGGGACCCAGAGUGGACUUCUCUCCUUUGCCUGAACUCUAUGAGGAACUGGAGCCUUGGUACCAGCAGAGGCCCCUUGUGCCCAUCCACCUCCUUGGAGAGUCCAGACGAAUUUGGGUCUCUCCUGGUUCUCGGAUCUCCCAUUUAGAAAAAGCCGGCCAUAAGAUCAACCAGACUGAAAGGAAAGCUUACGUUGAUUGCCUUUGCUCUGUUUUAUUUUCUCUCUUUCAGGAUAUCCCAGACCCCAGAUUCCUCCCCUUGGUGGCAUCCUGGCGGACCUACCCUCUGUUCUUUGGCACGGCCAUUUUUGCAUUUGAAGGCAUCGGGAUGGUUCUGCCCCUUGAAAACAAAAUGAAGGAUCCCCGGAAGUUUUCGCUCAUCCUCUAUGUGGGAAUGGCUAUCAUCACUGUCCUCUACAUAAGCCUGGGGAGUCUGGGGUACCUGCAAUUUGGAGCUAACAUCCAAGGGAGCAUAACCCUCAACCUGCCCAACUGUUGGCUGUACCAGUCAGUUAAGCUGCUCUAUUCCAUCGGCAUUUUCUUCACCUACGCCCUCCAGUUCUACGUCCCAGCUGAGAUCAUCAUCCCCUUCUUCGUGGCCCGUGCGCCUGAGCAUUGCGAGCUGGUGAUAGACCUAUCCGUGCGCACCAUGCUGGUCUGCCUGACGUGCGUCUCAGCCAUCCUCAUCCCCCGCCUGGAUCUGGUCAUCUCCCUGGUGGGCUCCGUGAGCAGCAGCGCCCUGGCCCUCAUCAUCCCGCCCCUCCUGGAGAUCGCCACCUACUACCCAGAGGGCAUGAGCCCCGUCACCAUCGUCAAGGACGCCCUGAUCAGCCUCCUGGGCUUCGUGGGCUUUGUGGUGGGGACGUGUGUGACCCUCUACGAGCUGAUCCAGCCCAGCAGCGCUCCCAUCUUCGUCAAUUCCACCAGUGCCUUUGUAUAGCGGGCUGGGUGCGUUCCCUGCACCAGCCCACUCCGCCCUGUAUGUUCCCCAGCACCUGGCCCCAGAGCCUCAGGUAGGGUCCAGGCUCUGGGGAAAGGCAAGGUUGCCAUCCACGUACCCUUACCUGGCACCUGGGUUCCCUGAGCCAGGUAGGGAUGAGGGCAGGGUAGAGGGUGGGCAGCAGAUAUGCGGGAGGUACCUCUCGGGGCAGUGCCAUCUCUGUUCAUUUGUACUUAUUUUAACCCGGAACUUUUCAACUCUUUUCCCUGAUCACGCCUCCUCCCUUACUGCCUGCCCUUCUCCUUCUGACCCACCUCAUCCAAAUUAUUCCUGUUGCACAGCUCACUUUAUUUAAAAAUUUUAGUGUCUCUCACCUCAUGUUUUCUCCUCGCCCGGGCCAGGCCUAGAUGAAGUCAGUGGGAAUGCCCUUCUUUAUGCCUUUGCCGGGCCCAUGUCUUAUCUCUCUCCCAAAUAUUUUACCUCAAUAUUCUCCUACCUGUUCAAGUCUCCACCUCGUAGUGGAGCCUACCUAGUAGUUUAAAACCAGCUGCCCAAAGCUGGAGUUUUUAGCCUUCACUGUCUCUGGCGUGCUGUCAUCCUCGGCGACACCUCCUCUUCUCCAGUUUCCUCGUGUGGAUCACGAUACUGUUAUUAUCUUAGUUGCUUGAACUCCUGGAAGGUAUCGAGUGCUGCCAAAAUUCAAAAUAUUUAUAUUUUAUUUAAAAUCAGCCUUUGUUUUUAGACUCCGUCUCUGGAUCUGGGACUAUUGUGAAUCGUUCCUUCUUCAGUAAACUCUUACUCAGCUUCUCCCGCUGAGAAGAAGCUUAGUGCAGGAGAUGUCUGCUUAGACCCUCAGCACCCUUGGCCAAGGACCCCAGAGAUUUUCAUCAGGAUCAUCAGAGUGCGGACCUUUGUGGGGCACUAUGGACUUUGCCUCCCGUUGACCAGCCAGAUUUCCUACUGAGAAGACAUGAAGGACUCAGGAGAUGUUUGCCGGUGCACAAGGCCGAGGGGAAGGAUGGCCACGUGGGGUGUGUUUCUCUCCAUAGGAGGCUUAGAAAAUGGCUGCUUUGUGCAUUCAGGCCUGUUUCCCAGCUUCAGCCCCUGACAGACAAGUGGCACGGCAGCGUCCAGGAAGACACCCAGACUCUUGCCAUGGACAAGAAGACGAGGCCAGUGUGCCCAGAGCGUUUGAAAUUCAGUUCCUAGAGUUUGCGGCAGCUGGUCCGACACUACGCUCAGUUGUUUACAAUCCCCGGAGGAUGAGGAGGAUGGGCAGAAGCAGUGCCCCGCCCCAAGCUGCCCCCAGGACCUGGACUUCUAAAGGAACCACGUGGAACACUAAUGGUGCCCUUGUCUGUUGUCAUCCCCCCCCCCCGCCCCGCCCCCCGCAUGCCUCCCUGGGUAUCAGAAAAGAUACAGCCUUAGGGCUGACUCACCUCAAGGUCGGCCUUCAGGUUUGGGAACAAACUGCCAAGAAGGCAGGGGAAGGUCCCUUGCCUUGCUUUUGGCUGCCCCAUCUUCCCUUUUGGUGUGAGAAGUAUUGCAGAAGGGUGUUCAUUGACUCUCCAUCUCUUGAGGUGUGUGUGUGUGUGUGUGUGUGUGUGUGUGUGUGUGUGUGUGUGUGUGUGUGUGUGUGUGUGUGUGUGUGUGUGUGAGUGUGUGUGUGAGUGUGUGUGUGUGUGAGUGUGUGUGUGUGUCUGAGUGUGUGUGUCUGUGUGUGUGUGUGUACGUGCGCACACUCCCCUGCAUAUAUAACAGGGUUCUGCUGUCCUCCACCCCUGCUACCAGGCUCUUACCUGAAAGUGGGAGAACAGCACCACUUUAUCAGGGGUUUUGUUUUUGUAUUUCACCAAAGCUCCUAGGGGCUGUGACUCGCCCUCACAGCCCCAGCUUUUUCUUUCUCUUCUGUUCCAAAGCCAGAUUCUCUCAUUGCAAUGACUCCUGACAUACCUAAUAAUUUAUUCACUUAGGAAGAUGCAGUCAGUGGUGAUUUGGUCUCCCUUAGGAAAAUGACACUUUCCUCCAUCCUUUCUGCUCUUUGGUGGUCACUCACAGGUGCUUUCAUGACCAGGGUUCUAGCUGGAGGUGGCAGCAGCCCUGCCCUCUGAAGGCUUUCCCUGCCCUUGGGCUUUCUAAGUAACUUCUAGUACCAAAGUGUAACUUCAAGAACUGUCAGCUCCUCUUUGCAAGCCCUGGUUCCAGCAGUCUUUCCAGAGUGGUCCUGAGAGUUGUUUUCAGCGAGAAGGUACAGGCCAGUAGAAGGGGGUCAGAUGUGUAUCCCACCCACAGCUUCCACGGCGGAGGCGCUGGGCACUGCUAGAGGCAAUCCUCUCCAGGUGGGUCUUGAGGCCCGGACUGUGACGCUGGGUCCUGAGGACUGGAUGGCACAAUACUGAGGUCCUCUGGCCCCAGGUCUCUUGCUUCAGGGCCCCUGCCCAGGGAAAGUGGUGCAUAGGAGAGACAGCUCUAGCCUUGGGGCUUCGGGAAGCUAGUUUGGCCCAGCCUUCGUCCUGUUCAAUUGCUUUCCUGCGCUUUUGCUGCUUUGACAGCCCGAUUGCAUGGCUGCUUCAGGAGAUCUAGGCAAGGCGGACCCCAUGGGGACCUUCCCGCUAGUGCAGUUGCACAGCAAUGAGGUGUCGAGUAAAGGGUCGGCCAGAGGUCGUAGUGUCGGAAGCCCUUCCUCUUCUGGAGGCAGCCCACGGGGCCGGCUCAGGGAAGCUUACUCCUCUGCUGCCCACGGGGCUUCUCAGUCAGGGAGCCCUCCCUGCUUUCCUCCCAGUGCUCUUAGGAACCAGCUGCCCAGCCUCUUCCUGGGCCCUGCUUUAGUCUCUGGUGAGAAAGCCCCAGCGUCAGUAAGACACUGAUCGGGGAGCAACAGAGCAAAGGCUUUCAGGAGUGUGAGGUCAC